GCGCUGCCCUAAGCGUGGCCAGCCUUUAAGAAACGAGGCGGGAGAGCGCCUCUCGGCAAACUUAAUGCCGGAGCUGCGACGCCGAGGGGUGGAGUUGGGCGAUUCUGCCUGCCGGAGUCACAUGCACCUGCCUGAGCGCCCAGCACCGUCGCCCGAGCGGAGCCCGCCUGGCUGCUGCAGUGGCUGCUGGCAGGAAGCUCGGCGCGCCGAGAGGACGCAGGCGGGCACGAGCGGUGGUGCUCCAGGGGAGCCUGCCAUGACGCGUCUGCGGCUCCUGCUUCUCGUCCUCUGCCCAGUCCCCGGGCUGUGCCUGGGAGAACGGGGCAGCAGCAGCGCCAUGGAGGAGAUCACCACGGAGAAAGAAGCGGAGGAGAGCCACCGGCAAGACAGCGUGAGCCUCCUGACGUUCAUUCUUCUCCUCACCCUGACUAUUCUCACCAUCUGGCUUUUCAAGCAUCGCCGGGUCCGCUUCCUCCAUGAGACCGGCCUGGCCAUGAUCUACGGGUUGAUUGUUGGAGUAAUCUUGAGAUAUGGUAUACCUCCUGCCAGUGGUCAUGACAAACCUUUCAGCUGUUCUCAGGAAGACAGGGCUUAUUCCACUCUGUUGGUCAACAUCAGUGGGAAGUUCUUUGAAUAUACUUUAAAAGGAGAAAUAAGCCCUGGAAAAAUACACAAUGUGGAACAGAAUGAUAUACUGCGAAAAGUAACUUUUGACCCAGAAGUAUUCUUCAACAUCCUUUUGCCUCCCAUUAUUUUCCAUGCUGGCUACAGUUUAAAGAAAAGGCACUUUUUCAGAAAUCUUGGAUCAAUUUUAACUUAUGCUUUCUUGGGAACUGCAGUCUCUUGUUUCAUUAUUGGGAAUCUCAUGUAUGGUGUGGUAAAACUAAUGAAGCUGGUGGGACAGCUUUCUGAUAAAUUCUACUACACUGAUUGCCUUUUAUUUGGAGCCAUAAUAUCUGCUACUGAUCCAGUCACUGUCCUGGCAAUUUUUAAUGAACUUCAUGCUGAUGUUGAUUUAUAUGCACUGCUGUUUGGAGAAAGUGUUCUAAAUGAUGCUGUUGCUAUUGUAUUAUCUUCUUCUAUUGUAGCAUAUCAACCCACUGGGGAAAAUGCCCAUGCCUUUGAUGCAGCAGCCUUUUUUAAAUCUGUGGGCGUCUUUCUUGGAAUCUUCAGUGGUUCUUUCAUGAUGGGAGUAGUGACUGGAAUUGUGACAGCUCUUGUGACAAAGUUUACCAAACUACACUGCUUUCCCUUGCUGGAGACAGCCCUUUUUUUCCUGAUGUCUUGGAGUACAUUCUUGUUGGCUGAAGCUUGUGGUUUUACAGGGGUAGUAUCUGUUCUUUUCUGUGGUAUAACACAAGCUCAUUACACAUACAAUAAUCUAUCUGUUGAAUCAAGAAGCCGAACCAAGCAGCUCUUUGAAGUUCUGCAUUUCCUGGCUGAGAAUUUCAUAUUUUCUUAUAUGGGCUUAGCUUUGUUUACUUUCCAGAAACAUGUUUUCAGCCCUGUUUUCAUAAUUGGAGCUUUUCUAGCGGUUUUCCUGGGACGAGCUGCACACAUCUAUCCACUCUCUUUCUUCCUGAAUUUGGGUAGAAGGCACAAGAUCUCCUGGAAUUUUCAACAUAUGAUGAUGUUUUCCGGUCUUCGUGGAGCCAUGGCAUUUGCUCUUUCCAUCCGAGACACUGCAACUUAUGCUCAUCAGAUGAUGUUCACUACAACCCUACUUAUUGUCUUUUUUACUGUCUGGAUCGUUGGUGGAGGGACAACACCCAUGCUGUCAUGGCUAAAUAUAAGAGUCGGUGAAUAUAUUCCAUCGGUGGAAGAGAUGAAUGAAAGCCGUUGGCUGUAUUUCAGAGUUGGAGUUGACCCUGAUCAAGACCCUCCACCCAACAAUGACAGCUUCCAAGUCUUACAAGGAGAUGGUCCAGAUGCUGAACGAAGGAAUCGGACAAAACAGGAAAGUGCAUGGAUCUUCAGGCUUUGGUACAGCUUUGACCACAAAUACCUCAAGCCCAUUUUGACCCACAGUGGUCCACCUCUCACAACAACUCUUCCAGGUUGGUGUGGAUUGAUAGCUCGUUGUUUAACUAGUCCCCAGGUUUAUGAGAACCAAGAACAGCUUAGAGACGAAGAUUCUGAUUUUAUCUUGAAUGACAGUGACUUGACACUGACCUACGGAGACACAACAAUAACUGCUAAUGGCUCCUCUAGUUCCCAUGGUGCUGUUAUCAACCUGGAUGGCAGGAAGGCAAAGAGUAGCUCUGAAGAAGCCUUGGAAAGUGAUCUGGGAACAGAAGCACCUGAGGUGAUGAGCAGAGGAACUCGGCUCGUGUUUCCGAUGGAUGCAUGAAGACUGCUUGGCAUAUGGAGCAGUAAAGGAUAGGUCCAGUGCCCCCAAAUCCACACUAUCUGCAGGCCAGUUGUAAGUGGAGACACUUAUCGAGUAAAUUAAUGUCCCUUGUACAAUGUAAGUUUUUUUAAAGUCUCAAGAUGUCCUUGCCCCCCCCCCACUCCUGUGUCUUUCUUAAAAAAAAAAAAAAUCGAGAUGCUGAGAAUUUCUAAAAUGGAAAAUGUCUAAGGUUGUCGUAUUAAGGGAAAAACACAACCUUGAAAUGAAAAGCUAAAUGUCAUAGUUCCUCUAAUUCUAUGCACUGUGGGGAUAUUAAGCGUCCCGGCGUCUAAAAUAUUUCUGACCCACGGAAGGCCUUUUCAUCAGAAGUCUUUGGUCACUUUUGUCAGGGACAAAAGAUGCAGUGUUGACUUAUACUCGAGAAAAAAGUAGUUGGAAAAAAGGACGAAAUUUCCAUAUGAACAUUUUCCUGGACUUGUUGGGGGGAAAAAGGAAGAAAAAAGUCCCUUCUCAUUUCAAGAACAUUUGUAUUAGUAAAGUUUGACAUUAAAUUAUUCUGUAUCUGACAAGGAAAGGAAUAUAUAUAUAUAUAUAUAUAUAUAUAUAUAUAUAUAUAUAUAUAUAUAUAUAUAUAUAUAUAUAUACAUACAUACAUACAUACAUACACAUACACACACAACUUUUUGAGACUUUCAGUGUGAGUCCUGUGGUUGCAUCACAAGCUGAGCUGUUGCUGUCUAAAAUACAUGUUUUUUGCAUCGUGCCCUUAAUAUUCUCCAGUAGACAUCUGUAGACAGUAACAUUCUUCUAUUACAAAUGUGAAGAAUAUUGAAUGGGUCUAGUGAAGUUACAAACUGCUGUACAAUUGCCCAAGAAGUAUUGAUAGAAUCUGUCUCAGGCUAUUGUAAACUUUCCCAGGCCGAUGUCUUCCAGAUGUGUUAAACUACCAUUAUUAACAUCCCCAAUCAGCAUGGCCAAGCUAGAGAUCAUCGGAUAAAAGCCAUUUAUUUGGACUUAAGCAGUGUAUCUUCUGUUUAACAGGAGAAGACUACUGUAAACUGUACCUGUUUCUCUGAUGUUUGCAUCAGAACAAAAGGUGUAAUCGUAAUCAGUUAGAAAGACAGUGUUGGUGUGUUUGUUAGUGGCAUAUGGCACUAUGAUCCUGAUGUUUAAAAAUGGUACAGUGCCUUUUAUGUAAUAAAGAGUAUCAUGUUGUGACCGAAAUAGGGAGACCUUGUCUAAGGCAAUGUUUCUCAACCUUGGCAACUUUAAAAUGUGUGGAUUUCAACUCCUAGAAUUCCCCACUCAGUGUGAAGUCCAUGCAUCUUAAUAUUACCAAGGUUGAGAAAUGCUGGCCUAAGAUACAGCAGUGCUCAUUUGCAAAUAAGGCAUAUGCAAUUCUAAUUAUAAAAGAGCAUCUGCUUUCCAUGGUGUAAUUUGGCAACUCUCUACAGCUUUCUUUGUCAGGAGGUUAGCUGUUAAAAAGCAAGUUUAAUAAUACUGUAGCGUAAUAAUUCAACUCUUGGGCACUAUUUUAAUGGGCUGCCCUAUAAUUUAAAAAUGCUUAGGAAAAUAAAAUAUGCUCUCGCGUUCUUGUUUUUUCUUUCUGAGUACAUUUUUAAUUGCUGUUUCAUUUUUAGUCUGUUUGUGAAAUGAAAACUACAUUUGAACCUACCUAUGUAAUAAAGUCUGUUACUUUACCAUGA